AUGCUCCGGUUUCGUCCCAAAACGCUCCUGUCGUUUAUGGUGUACCUUUUGCACUCUCCUUCAUUCUCAACUCUAGAACUGGGUACCCCCGUCCAUGCUUUCAAUAGUUCCUCCUUCUGUCGAUGCCUCCUAAAGCCCUACGGCCGCGGUCUGUCGCCUGCCCCCGCAAAGGUGGCAAUCAUUGGGGGAGGAAUCACUGGAGCUGCAACUGCAGCAUUUCUACGCAUGUUGGAAAGCGACCUGGCGAACCUCCGCCGUCCGAGACAUGAGAACGGAUUGCUUGAGCCGGACGACACGGCGACUUGUCGACAUCUGGUUGUCGACAUUUUCGAAUCGGCAGACCGUUUAGGAGGACGACUGGACUUUGCAGAGCUGGAGGGCGCUUUUGUGGAACUCGGGGGUGCAGAUAUCCAUGAGACAAACGCAUGGAUGGUGCAGUUCUACGAUUUCCUCAACGCACAUCUUUCAGAACGGGAACAAGGCGAGACACCGUAUAGUGGACACGCUUCUUCAAACAAAGCGAUCCCUCAGUUUGUCAAGAAACUCGAACCUCCAGACACGUCCGUUCGUCUUCUUGACGGAGACGACGUAGUAACAGUCGACUUUGCCGCUUUCAAAGGGCGCAGCGACACUGUUCUGUUUGCGGCGAUUCUGCAGGGUGCUGUCGACGCGUGGCAGCGUCUAUACCCGCUCUUGGGACUGCGGACGUGUGCGGAUUUUUCCGGCCAAAACGCUCGCGUCUGCGCUGACUCUUCGACCGUCUCCGGAGCUCGUUGCCAAAGAAGGCACAACCUCCUUCCCGCCUUCGAGACGGCGACAGAGAUGGUGCGUGAGGUGAACUUGUCGGCAUUGCUCGAACAGAAACUGGAAGAUGUCCUGAAGACAUUCCAGUCACCCUCUCUUGUUAACGGCAUCGUUGACGCCCUAGUCCGCGGAGUAUACACGCAGGGAACCUUUGUGCAUGCUCUGGCAGGAAUGGUCGGGCUAGCGGGAGCGACUGGAAACCUCUACGCAAAAAGACGUCCAGGCCGCGAGUUGGUCGAGUUUCUCACGAAACUAUCUGUAGACCACGUGUUCCUUAAUUGUCAGGUGAAAAGCAUUGAAGAACGGAAAACUCGGCGUGAAUGGCAGUCGCUGUCGGGGAAGACAUUCAGUUUAAAGGCAUCGGAAACGCAGUGUCCCGUCGACACGAGAGAGUAUCUGCAAAAACAAGCAUACGACUUUGUUGUCGUUGCCACACCCCUCGAGUUGUCAGGACUUUCGUUCUUCCGCAGAAACGAACUGGGUGAGUUGGCUAACGUUGACCGUCCUGUUCCGAGGACGUUCCAGGAGAUUUUUGUAACAUUUGUGGCUGCGGAGGGAAUACUGAGCACCAGUCCUUUAAACCCAACAGGGGGACCGACGCUGACGACGUCUCGAGAGAGUCGUCGCCAGUCAACAGGGCGAACUGAUUUGUUGCUGUUUGCUUCCUGGUGUGGACAUAGUUUGGCAGAUGAGGGGAAAGACGGAAAACCACACAACCUCAUCUGCAAACUGACAACGGGACGGGAACUGACGGAUGCAGAUCUUUCCCAGCUCUUUCGCGGCGUGCGCAGAAGCCUUCGUCGCAGGUGGCUAGCCUACCCCAUUUUGCAGCCUAUAAUCUCUCCAACAGAGAAAGCCACGAAUGACGGGAAAACGGCAAAUGUGGAGGAGCCCGCUGAAGUCAGCCCCACGAGUUUUCAGUUGAUGGAAAAUGUCUUCUACCCCAAUGCCUUCGAGGGAGUUUUCUCUUGCAUAGAGGGGCAAGCAAUGGCCGCGCGGAAUGCCGCACACCUCGUGCUGAACGCAGCCACGCUAGCGUAUGAUGCUCAUUCCCUUCUAAAUUCUAGUUUGUAA